CUCUUGGCCAGAUGCUGUGCAACGUAAGUAACAGUAAUACUACAUCGAAUCUGUUGACAUAAGAUGGUGCGAUUUGGUCCUCUCCUGUCUAAAUUCCAGCCGGGAAUAGCAGGGCUCUUUGCAAUAACUAGAGACACCGGUUCGUGAAAUCCCCUUACAGGCUUGUGCACGUGCAAAUUGGCAUGAAAAUGUGGAGAGAAGAAGAGGAUGGAGAGAGAAGUUAGUCAAUCUUUGGUAAAUGAGUCAAAUCCUGAGUCCCAAGCCCCAAGUCCCAAGUCCCCUAUAGUCUAAUAUAUCUAACUUUUGUCCUAAUACACAACUUGGCCUACUCUUGUCUCUCUCGCAAGGAAAAUGGGAACCCGAGAGAUUGACACAGUAAUUGCCAUGGGAGACACAGAGAAGGCCAACGAUACAGAAAAGAACGUGCAAGGGAUCAACAGAGGUCAAGAAGAGGUUGCACACAAGGAAGAUGAUAUUCAUGGCUCAGUUGCACCUGCUGAAGCAGCAGCAGCAGAAGAUUCUCAGACAUCAUGGAAGAGGAGAAUGAGUUCAUUCACAGAAGAGGUGAAGAGGGUGGGCUACCUCGCCGGGCCCAUAGUGGCAGUAAGCUUCUCUCAGUAUGCGCUGCAGGUGGUAGCACUCAUGAUGGUCGGCCACCUCGGAGAGCUUGCUCUCUCUAGCACUGCCAUCGCUGUCACUCUCUUUGGCAGCACCGGCAUCUGCAUAUUUUUAGGAAUGGCGGGUGCACUAGAAACAUUGUGUGGCCAAGCUUAUGGAGCUGAGCAGUUCCACGUACUUGGGACCCAAACCCAAACUGCCAUCUUCUGUCUCAACUUCUGCUGCCUCCCGCUGUGCCUUCUUUGGCUUAAUGUUGAGAAACUCCUCAUCGUUACAGGCCAGGACCCUUCAAUCUCCCAUGCGGCUGGGAAGUUUGUGAAGCUCCUGAUACCUUCCUUCUUUGCAUCCGCGACCCUCCAGCCCCUUAUCCGGUUCUUCCAAAUGCAGAGCCUAGUCGGUCCCCUGCUCGUGAGCUCCAUCGGGACCCUCCUGUUCCACAUCCCGAUCUGCUGGAUCUUGGUGUUCAAGUCAGGGCUUGGGAAUCUCGGGGCUGCUCUGGCAAUGAAUAUUUCUUAUUGGGUGAAUGUGGUUUUCCUUAUGCUGUACAUCAAGUUCUUGUCUGUGUGCAAAACGACGUGGGUCCCUAUCUCGACAAAAGUGUUCAGUGGCGUGGGGCACUUCUUACGCUUGGCUGUUCCUUCUGCUUUGAUGGUUUGUCUCGGGUGGUGGUCAUUUGAGCUAAUGGUUUUGCUUUCUGGGCUUCUGCCAAAUCCGAAGCUCGAAACUUCUGUUUUAUCUGUUUGUCUAUCAAUAAUUGGAACACUGUUCACAAUACCCUCUGGACUUGGUGCUGCUGGAAGUACGAGAGUUUCAAAUGAAUUAGGAGCACGAAAUCCACGAGCAGCUCAGCUUGCAGUCUAUGCGACUAUGAUAAUAUCUAUAGCAGAAGCAAGUAUUGUGAGUACGAGCCUAUUUGUUGGUAGACAUGUGCUCGGACACAUAUUUAGCAAUGAUAAGGAAGUCAGGGACUAUGUCACGAGAAUGGUUCCCUUAGUCUGUCUUUCUGUCAUCCUCGAUAGCUUUCAAGGAGCUCUUUCUGGUAUUGCUAGAGGAUGCGGGUGGCAGAACAUAGGAGCAUUUGUAAACUUUGGGGCCUACUAUUUCUGUGGGAUACCGAUAGCUCUUAUAUUGUCCUUUAAGGUGAAGAUGAAGGGGAUGGGCCUUUGGAUUGGAAUACAGAGUGGUGCUUUCGUGCAAACUCUUCUAUUAACAAUCAUCACCAUCUGCAUCAACUGGGAAAGACAGGCAAGAAAGGCAAGGGAGAGGAUAUUUGAGGGAAGCUCUUCUGCUGAUUCCGGUUUGUCUUAGUUUCAUAUAUUGAAGCUUGAGACAGAUUCCGGAUGAUUAGCUGAUUAGAAAUCAUAUCUACAACCACCCUGAGAAUGGGUGGCAUGUGGAAUUGUAUUAAUGUCAGGUUCAUUUUUCGGUGAUUGUGGUUAAUAUCCUCCUUCCUCUAGUUUGUAUGAAAUAAAUGAUUCUAAAGAAAGAUCCAAGCAAGAAACAAGGCCACACGCAUAAGUUUUUGGCACCAUUUUCCGAUGAAAAAUAUAUCA